AGUAUAACAAAUCCGACAGCGGUUGAAGACUAUCAUCGGUUGUCGACGAACAGCUAUAAUAGCCUAUCAUAGUUAUCGUCCUUUAUCGUUCAACAUCCCGUCGAAAUGGAGCCUCACAGCGAUUGCAGAAACAGAACAAUGAGCAAAUCAGUCAGGCUAUACUUGCACUACGUGUUCUAUCACCCACGCUUGGUUUGCAGGAUUAUGGCUUCGUUGAACGGGGUAUUUUUCAUGGCACUUAGCUCGAUUUUGUUAUGCAAGAUAUGGUAUGCCGUAUAUUCCAAACAUCAAUCGUCUCUUACUUCCAAGCCUAGUAACGAUGACUUAACUUUUGGUUUGGAUUUACAAAUACCAGUCGGUUUGAUGAAUAAAAAUGAAGAUAAAGUGAUCACCAAAUCGUUGUUCAAUUUGUGUUUUACUGGUAUGAUGCUUCUUGUCAACAUUCGUCUGUAUAUGGCAACCUACAAUAGAGAUCUUUGUAGCAUUUCCAUUUGGUUGUUUGUACACACAACGCAUAUGUUGUAUUCAUUAUCCAUCAAUUUGUGGGUCGGAGUUGCCAAAGGUUAUAAUUCACUUAUAUAUCUUGCUCUAUUUAAUACUUUGCUUUAUCUUCUGUUCAUAUCGUUGGUGGCAUUAUUUUGGAUGGAAGAGCGGUGCAGCAUGCGCAUUCCAAUGCGCGCUAACGAGAAAGCAGGAACAAGCCAGGAGCGUAUGGCUUAAGGUUAAGGUUAUAAUAUAAAUAUAACAAAAUCUAAACUCAUUAGUCAAUUUAGAAUACACAGGAUAACCAAUCAUGUAAUAAAUAUAAUAUUAUUUAUUAUAAGUAAGAUAUUUUAUAGGUACCUUUAUAAUUUAAACAUAAAAUGAGAGGUACCUUUGUCCAUUAUAUAACAAUAUAUAUACUAAGUAACAAUAAGAUUCCAAGCGUCAUAGAUCAAACAAAAUACAAAAUCUCUUACAUUACAAUUUUUAUUUAAGUAAAAAAA